AUGGAAAUCUUUUCCAGUGGAGCUCACAUUAGCAAGGACACCGCAGCCGUCGCAAAAGAAGUCCAUAGCGCCUCUAAAACGAUUGCAUCCAAUAUAUACGAGAACCUUCCCGUUCUCGACAAUCUAUGGCUUCACUUUGUGGUAAGAAGAAGAAACAAAAAGAGAGUCAACUUAAUCAGACAUACAGUAGACGACGAUGAGUUGAUGCAAGAGAGCAUUGAUUUUUACUUUGAUAUGUUGCAGAUAGAGAGCACCCACGAGGAUGGCUAG